CAUUCUUCUGCGCUCUCUCUCUCUCCAAGAGUCGUCUCCCUAUUUACGUGCAAAUUAACACGCACUAAUACACACAGUAGGCGUGCAAGUACGGACUCUGAGGUCACGCCUUAUUGCUGAGCGAUUCUCGAAUAGAUUUGAAGGAGAUCUGACAAAAUUUAAUUGACAAUGCCACAGACAAGGACAGUUCAAGUUAAGCAGGUUUCGGAUCUAGCUACCGAGAGAGAAAUUCACGAGUUCUUUUCCUUUUCCGGUGAAAUUGAGCACAUUGAGAUCUGCAGAGAGCCUGGGCAGUCCAAAACUGCGUUUGUGACUUUUAAAGAUCCAAAGGCGCUUGAAAUAGCGUGUUUGUUAUCGGGUGCAACAAUAGUGAACCAGGUUGUUAGCAUCACACCUACAGAAAAUUAUGUACCUCAACCAGAGACUCGGGAACUGCAAGUCACUGAAAACACUGCAAGCAUAUCUCAGGGGAAUAAUUCUCCAGUUGCUGAGCAGGAAAAUGUGAGCCCAAACAGUGGGAGAGUGUAUGUUAAUAAGGCCCAAGAUGUUGUGUCAAGUAUGAUUGCAAAAGGUUCAGCUAUUGGUCAUGAUGCUGUAAACAAGGCUAAAGCCUUUGAUGAAAAGCACAAGUUGACUGCCAAUGCAUCAGCCAGAGUCAUUUCAUUUGACCAGAGAGUUGGGAUAACAGAAAAAUUUACUGUUGGCAUUACCGUUGUAAAUGAGAAAGUGAAAUCUGUGGACCAAAAGUUUCAGGUGUCAGAUAAAACCAUGUCAGCUCUCAUGGCUGCAGAAAGGAAAUUAAAUGAUACUGGAUCAGCUGUUAAAUCUAGCAGGUACGUGACAGCUGGAACAAGUUGGUUGAAUGGUGCUUUCACGAAAGUGGCAAAAGUUGGCCAGGUAGCUGGUUCAAAAACUAGAGAAAAAUGGAAUAUGGCAUUGUCAAAUAUAAGGGCCAAGGAUUCCCCUAUUGCAGCCUAAGUUAACGUAGAUGGAGUGUCGCUGAAUGCUUGCCAUUCUUCUGAUGGCUUGGUUUGGAAUGAUUAUUGAUAUGUCCAAUUUGAAGUUUCGUGCGUGUGGUAGUUGAAAAGUAGCUUCAUUUUUUGUCUGCAUAUUCAAGCGACUCUUUGAACUUUUACAUUUUGCUGUGGAGUUGAUUCCAUAAUCCAUUGUUCAUAUUUGUUCAAUUUUGUGUGGUUUGCGUCUGUAACUUUGCAGUAUGUGAAUCUAUAUUGGAUUUAGUGAAACUCGUAUUUCAUGAUUGCGUUA